GUUUCUCCUGUGAACAUCCCACGCCGAUUGCACGUAACAAUACACGCAAUGCUCCGCUCUCGAUCCUGAUAAUUGAACUACAAUUGACAAUCAUCCAAAAAACCUGGAGAUAACCACGAGCGCCAUUGGUCACCCUUCAAGCAAUAUGCCUCAUUCGGUGUCUCCAGAUACUGGGAGCUCUGGCGACCAUGACCUUCCAGAUGCCAAUCCUCAAAGUUCCCAUUCAACACCGACCAUUCGUGCAGGUGAAUCACCGGAAGAGGCCGAGAAGUCUAGCACGGCAUUAGAGGACAUGUUUGACGAUGACGAUGACGACUUGGACGAUCUCUCAUCCAGCAUGGCAGCGUCACAAGAGCCUCAGUCAGUUCAGGCGAUAUCCGGUGCCCAAUCGGCCAGAUUCUCCGACCCCGAGAUCAUGCGAGCAUUCUAUCAGCGUCUAUUUCCUUUCCGUUACCUUUUCCAAUGGCUCAAUCAUUCUCCCUCUCCUUCCACCGACUUUGGACAUCGAGAGUUCGCCUUCACCCUACCAAACGAUGCAUAUCUCCGCUACCAAUCAUUCCCAUCCUCCGACCUACUUCGAAAACAGUGCAUUCAAAUGCUCCCUUCCCGUUUCGAGGUCGGUCCCGUCUAUAGCACCAACCCACGAGAUCGAAAGACCCUUCGAAAAUCCUCCGCAUUCCGACCAUUAAACAAAGAAUUGGUUUUUGACAUUGAUAUGACGGAUUACGAUGAGAUUCGAACCUGCUGCACUGGUGCAAACAUCUGUCAUCGGUGCUGGGCUUUCAUCACCAUGGCCAUCAAAGUCAUUGACACGGCCUUACGGGAGGACUUCGGAUUCAAGCACAUUUUGUGGGUUUAUUCGGGUCGAAGAGGUGCUCACGCUUGGGUAUGUGACAAACGAGCUCGAGAGUUGGAUGAUUCCAAAAGAAGAGCGGUUGCGGGAUAUUUGGAACUGCUGAAAGGGGGAGAUAGUAGCGGGAAGAAGGUCAAUUUGAAGAGACCCCUACAUCCACAUAUCGAACGGAGCCUCAGGAUUCUUCGGAAUCAUUUCUCCGAUAUCCUCGAGACUCAAGACCCUUGGCUUGAAGACGAUCGAGCGGCUCAUCUUCUAUCUCUGCUUCCUGAUCGAGACCUUGUCGCCGCAUUACGCAAGAGAUGGGACAGCGCUCCCGGACGCCGAAGCGGAUCCAAAUGGGCGGAUAUCGAUGCGUUGGCUGAAGCAAGGGUAUCGGAACAUCUGGACUCCAAAGCACUUCUGGAAGCAAAGAUCGAUAUUGUGCUCGAGUAUACGUAUCCCAGGCUGGAUGCAGAAGUGUCGAAAAAACUGAAUCAUUUGCUGAAGAGUCCAUUCUGUGUCCAUCCAGGAACUGGUCGUGUUUGUGUGCCAAUCGACGUCCAGAAAGUGGAGGAGUUUGAUCCUCUGGAGGUGCCGACCGUCACUCAACUGUUGGAUGAUAUUGAUCAAUGGGAUCAUGAUAAGAUGGAUGGCGUGGAUGGGGAAGGGACCGGAGAGAAGAAAAUCCAGGAUUGGGAAAAGACCCGGCUGAAGCCCUAUGUCGAGCAAUUCCGAAACUUUGUUUCCGAGUUGUUGAAAGACGAGCGCGCGAUUAAACGUGAACGAGAUGAUGCAGACCCUAUGGAGUUUUGAAACAUCCUCCAUAUAUUCGAUAUGAACAGUACAUGACUUCACUAAUAUCUAAUGCAUCCCAA